UUAAAAUAAAUGGAUCAAUAUACAAAUGCCUUUUAAAUGUUAGGGCAAAAUAUGUUUUCCAAAGCUCCACCUAGUGGUUAUGGUCCAGGAUAUCAUCCUAUGAUAUAAACAAAUUAAAAUAAAUAGAAAUUUGAUUAACUGAUAUAGUUAAUGCAAUUAUAAGAAUAGACAGUAUAAAAAAAUACUUAAAAAGGUUAGUGAUUAUA